AUGGCCGUCAGCCUGCAGUGGCCGCUGGUGUUCCGGGCGGUGGCAAUGCUCCUGUGGCUGCAGUCCACGGCGGUGGGCGCUCACAAUCAUUACCGACUGCUGGUGUUGCACACCAACGACAUGCACUCGCGGUUCGAUCAGAUCGACGCGGCGGGCGGCGCGGAUUGCGCAUCGGUCGGCCGGCCGUGUUACGGCGGUUUCGCGCGGCUCAAGACGGUCGUCGACCGGGAGCGCCGGACCGCCGACGCCGACGGCACGCUGUUCCUCAACGCCGGCGACACGUUCCAGGGCACGGCGUACUACACGUUACUCAAGUGGCGGUCCGUCGAGCGUAUGGUCGGAGCGCUCGGCAUCGACGUCAUGUGUUUGGGAAAUCACGAAUUCGACGAUGGCGUGGAAGAUGUUGAAUCGUUUAUACAAAACAUAACUAUUCCAGUAGUAGUUAGUAAUCUCGAUCUAACCAACGAACCGUCAUUGGCCAGCCAGCCAAACUUGAUGAAAUCUAAAGUUUUGACGGUAAAUGGUCGUAAAAUCGGAAUUAUCGGAUACUUGACACCAGAGACAGCGGUUAUAACACGAGUGGGCAACGUGAAAAUAUUACCUGAGAUUCCGUCGAUUGUGGCUGAGGCAAAACGUCUGAAAAAUGAUGGCGUGGACAUUCUUAUAGCGCUUGGACAUUCCGGAUUAGAAAUGGAUACACAGAUAGCCAGAGACGUCGAGGACAUCGAUUUGGUGAUUGGUGGACAUUCACAUUCGUUUUUGUACACAGGAAAUCCACCGGACAUCGACAAGCCUGUUGGUCCUUAUCCUAUUUGGGUGAAACAACCAAGCACUAAUAGGAAGGUGCCCGUCGUCCAUGCAUAUUACGUCACAAAAUAUUUGGGAAAAUUGUGGAUGGAGUUCGACGAAGCCGGUGAAGUUGUCAAAAGUUACGGGAACCCGAUUUUAUUAGAUUCCACUAUCGAACAAGACCCCGAACUAUUGAACGAAGUAAAAACCAUGAGCAAAGUGAUUGAGGAGAAGACUAAACAAGUGAUUGGUUCGACAAGUGUAUUCUUAGAAGGUAUCAAUGAAUACUGUAGAUUUAGAGAAUGUAAUCUGGGAAAUUUCAUAACGGAUUCUUUCGUAGAUUACAAUAUUCGAAAUAAUAUCAAAUCGUUUGACUUGGACAAAUACUGGACCGACGCGCCGAUAGCGUUAUUACAAGCUGGCGGUAUACGGACAAACAUGAAUAAUAUCAAUAAAAGAGGUAACGUCACUUUUGGCGAUUUGCUGUCGUCGAUGCCAUUUCAAGACGACGUAGGUAAAAUUACGACUAAGGGUUUGGACAUUUGGACAGCUUUUGAGUACUCCGUUCGACGGUACAGUACAACGGUGGCAAACGGUGAAUUUCUUCAGGUUUCGGGAUUAAAGGUCGUAAUAGACUUUAGUCAGCCCAGUGGUAAGCGUGUGCAGUCCAUUUACGCUAGGUGUGGAAAUUGCCCUGUGCCCAUAUAUGAAAAAUUGAAUUUAAACGACAAUUACACAAUAAUCAUUAGUAGUUAUCUGUCAGAAGGUGGGGAUGGCUUCUCGUUCCAAAAAGUUGUCGAGUACGAGAGUUUUAGAAAAACGGAUUUGAACAUCGUAGAAGAAGAGUUUCAAGCUAAGUCUCCGAUAUGGCCGGAAGUAGGUCAACGGAUAGUGCUGCUCAGAGUGGAUGAGUUGAACAAGGUGCCGACAACCAGCAUAGACAGCCAACUCGCUUUUAUAUCCUUGUCAGACUUGACAAUACUACUGUUGGCGAUCGCCAUCGCGUUAUGUGUAUUCGAUCAUUGGAUUGCUUAUGAGAGAUAA